AUGACUUUGUCCGACCUGAGUAAGGAUUUUCAAAGUGUUGUGCAAUAUGACCUGGUAUUCAACCAUGUGUUGCUUGAGAGCCAUGAUGCAGACUCUAGAUUUGCUGGCAUAUAUGGUUUUAAGUAUUUCCCAGGCUUGUUUGGAACUUUUGACAGUGGCAAGCUCCCACUUCUCCGAUACAUAUACUCCGAUCCCCAUUUUAAUUCCCACUCAAAUUCAAAUCCAAAUCCAAACCCUAAAUCUCAAUUUCCUUCGAUUUCAAAAUUUCUCGCGAAAAUGUCAGGGCGUGGUAAGGGUGGUAAGGGACUCGGAAAGGGAGGUGCAAAGAGGCACAGGAAGGUUCUCCGUGAUAACAUCCAAGGUAUCACGAAACCAGCUAUUCGCCGAUUGGCUAGAAGAGGCGGUGUGAAGAGGAUCAGUGGUUUGAUCUAUGAAGAAACCAGAGGAGUUCUCAAGAUCUUCUUGGAAAACGUGAUUCGCGAUGCUGUUACGUACACUGAGCAUGCUAGGAGGAAGACUGUUACCGCCAUGGAUGUUGUUUAUGCACUCAAGAGACAGGGAAGGACCUUGUAUGGAUUCGGUGGUUGAUGAAGAAGUUUUCGUUUGUUAAUUUUAUUAGAUUUAGGGAUGUAAUUGGAGUGUGUGAUUGUAGUUCUGGAUGCUGGUGAUGAUGAUGAAUGUUAGUAAUUGUUUUCUUGGUUGAACUCGAAAUCUAAUGAAAACCAGUAAUUUUUUUUUGUGGUAA